CGUGGAUGGAGCUUAUGGAUGAUAUUCAUGAACAUCAUCUGCUUUUCCACCCGGAAAGAGAACAAGCCAGGAGACCAACUGCACCUAUCGACUACCAAUCCCUUCGGCCUUCUCAUCUUCCGCAAGUGCAUGAUCUUCUUUCGCGUACUUUCUGGCCGGGUAUCAAUGUUAGCGACUCGCUGGAAUACUUUCCAGAGAAGUGUACAGUUGUAACAACGUACAGACACCUCGUCGUUGGGGUAGCCAUUCUCAGCUCUCCUCAGGAGACGUACAUUACAUACCUUGCUGUCCGUGCGGGUUGGGAGAAUUCGCAAAUCGCGACGAAAAUGCUCUACACUCUCGUCACCCGAAAUCCAAGACGCGAUAUCCUCUUGCACGUCUCUGCUAAUAAUCCUGCUAUGCUCCUUUAUAAUCGCUUUGGAUUCAAAGCUGAGGAGUUCAUCGUGGGUUUUUACGAGGACUAUCUGGAUAGCCAGUCGCGCUCGAGCAAGAAUGCGUUUCGGCUGCGACUGCGAUGUUAGCUCCUUUUUACAUCUCAGUCGUCAGGAGGACUGGAUUCCCCACCUUGCAAUCUCCGCCUUGACUGUUUCUCCUUUCUGAUUGUAUUUGCCUAUACCAAGUACUCAGCUAUAGCUCAUCGCUAUAGUUUCGUACUCUACAAAUCAGAAUUCAGAUAUAGAUGGUGAUCUGGCGGUACCUAUACAGUCAUUAGCU